AUCCGAAGGUUUGGCGCUCCCAUGCGGUUAUAGGCCGACUAUGAAUAGACGCCCCCUACCUGGCCCAAUCACUUAGGUUACAAGUAACCACCUGCCCCUGUCUACAUAGACUAUAUCCGAUAAUGCUCUGCAUAGUGUUGUUUUUCAAGCUAUUAAAAUAGCUCUGUGGUAGCCAAAAAAGCAGACGAGUGUCCAACAACAGUUUUCAAAGGCAAGUUAUUUGAAGUAAGACAGUAGGCGUUUCAAGUUCAGCCGUAAAUCAACACUCCAGUCUGUGCAAUGCUCACGGUUUCAAGAAAACGAAAGUGAUCGGGAGCUCAGUCACAACAGAGCAGACGCGAGUGUAGCCUAAACAUGGCAUCAAACGACCAAGAUUCCUUCUCUUGUCCUAUCUGUCUUGAUCUAUUCCAGGUUCCAGUAACAAUACCAUGUGGACAUAGUUACUGCAUUGGCUGUAUUAAAGGCUACUUUGACCAGAGAGAGGACCAAGGAGAUACCGCCCAAUGCCCCCAGUGCAGGAAGACUUUCACUACCAGGCCUGUUCUCUGUAAAAAUACUCUUAUAGCUGAAAUGGUGGGGAAAUUAAGAGAGGCCCAACAAACAGCCACUUCAAGCUCUCAAAAUGACGCAGGAACGCUUGAAGUAGAAUGCGACGUGUGCGGUGGGAAAACAAGUAAAGCCGUCAAGUCUUGUCUCGUGUGUUUGGCUUCGUACUGCGAAACUCACUUGAACCUCCACAACGAGCUCAACCCAGGAGGGAAACAUAGAGUCGUCAAUGUAACGGGACGCAUGCAAGACAAGAUCUGUCGCCGACACCACAAACUCCUUGAGGUUUUCUGUUGCACUGAUCAGCAAAUUAUUUGUUUGCUGUGCACCAUGGACGAACACAGAGGCCAUAAAACGGUACCGGCAGAAGCAGAACGGACUGAAAAACAGAAGCUACUGAGAGAGACUGAGAGGAAAUCAAGGAAGAGACUCCAUGAGAGAGAGAAGGAAUAUCUGGAAGUAAAGAAAGCUAUGAGGACUCUGACGCGCUCUGCAGAUGCAGCAGUGGCAGAUAAUGACAGGUGUUUUAAGGACCUGAUCCGCUCCAUUGAGAGAAGGCGCUCUGAGGUGAAACAGCUGAUCAGAGAUCAGGAGAAGGCCGAGGUGAGUCGGGCUGAAGGACUCCUGAAGCGACUGGAGCAGGAGAUUGAUGAGCUGAAGAGGAGAGAUGUUGAGCUGGAGCAGCUUUCACACACAGAGGAUCAUAUCCAUUUCCUCAAGUCUUUCCAGUCCGUCAGUGACCCAUGUCAGUCUAAAGACUUAUCCUGCAUCUCUGUGAACCAAGGCCUCUCUUUUGAGGCUGUGAAGAAAUCUGUCUCCUCACUAAAGGGCCAGCUGGAGAAUUUCUGCAAGGAGGAAGUCAUGAAGAUAUCUGCAGCAGUGACUGGAGUCCAUGCUAUUCUGACCGAACCGGUGACCAGAGAGGACUUUUUACAAUACUCCUGUCACUUCACGCUGGAUCCAAACACACCAUACAGACUACUCCAUCUGUCUGAGGGGAACAGGAGGGUGGAGAUGAGAAAUGAGGUCCAGUCAUAUCCUGAUCAUCCAGAGAGAUUUGAUAGUUGGUGGCAAGUGCUGUGUAGAGAGGGUGUGUCUGGACGCUGCUACUGGGAGGUUGAGUGGAGUGGGGAGUGUGGGGUUUUUAUAGCAGUCUCAUAUAAAAGCAUCGGCAGGAAAGGAGAGGUUAAUGAGAGCAGGUUUGGUGGUAAUGAUCAGUCCUGGAGGCUGGGCCUCUACAACACCAGCUCCUCUUUCUGGCACAAUAAUAAAGAGACUAAACUCCCUCUAGUGGUCAGCUCUAGAAUAGGAGUGUAUGUGAAUCACAAGGCAGGAACUCUGGCCUUCUACAGCAUCUCUGACACAAUGACCCUCCUGCAUAGAGACCAGACCACAUUCACUCACACACUCUACCCUGGGUUUGACCUAGGGUCUGGAUCAUCAGUGAGGCUGUUGUGACCGACAUACAGAUCAAUGCUGUUAUCACAUCUCUACACACACCCAUAAACACACCACAUCUCAUCACCACACAUAUAACACACCACACACAUGUAAGGAUCUGACAGCUGGGCCUGAGGGUCUCUGAUCUUGGGGUGAACAUCAGACCAAAGCCAUUCACACAUCUGUGGACCACAGCGAUGACAUUACUGCACCUCUGGACUUCUGCUGUAACUCAUAUCACCACACCACACAUAAGACAUUGUGUGAGGAAUGAAUGUAAUUGUAAUUACAGAAAUUCUGUUUUGAACAGGUUGUUAGUCCCUUUUUUAUUGUACAUAUGGCUGAUGUAAGGUCUACUAUGAAGCUACUUAGGUUAUGUUGACUAGAAGUAAAUCUUUAUGAGACUGUAUUCAUCAGAUGUUUCAGAAAAUAAACUGGUCUCUAAUAAAAUGCACUGUUCUUGCUGUAAAAUAACAGGCAUGGCUGCCCCAUUCACCAAAGGCAUACAAAAUUCAUGAUAUGUUUUGGGUCUUAUAUAAUUGUGCAUGUUACAUUUACAUUUUUUGAAAUAAAAAGCACACACGAUUGCUA